AUGUUCAACCAAAGCUCUCCAGCAGGCUUCCUCCUUCUGGGCUUCUCUGAACACCCAGGGCUAGAAAAGAUUCUCUUUGUGAUUGUCUUCAUUUCCUACCUCCUAACUCUGGCGGGCAACACACUCAUCAUCCUGCUGUCCGUGCAGGACCCCAGGCUCCACUCCCCAAUGUACUUUUUCCUCUCCAACCUCUCAUUCUUAGACCUCUGCUUCACUACAAGCUGUGUCCCCCAGAUGCUGCUCAACCUCUGGGGCACCAAGAAGACCAUCAGCUUCCUUGGCUGCUCUGUCCAGCUCUUCAUCUUUCUGUCCCUGGGGUCCACUGAGUGCAUCCUCCUAACAGUGAUGGCUUUUGACCGCUACGUGGCUGUCUGUCAACCCCUCCACUAUGCCACCAUCAUCCACCCCCGCCUGUGUCAGCAGCUGGCAGCUGUGGCCUGGAUCAUUGGGCUGGUAGAGUCAGCAGUCCAGACGCCGCCCACCCUCCGCCUGCCCUUCUGUCCCCACCAUCAGGUAGAUGACUUUGUGUGUGAGGUCCCAGCACUAAUUCGACUCUCCUGUGGGGACACCACAUACAAUGAGAACCAGAUGGCUGUUGCCAGCGUCUUCAUCUUGGUUGUGCCCCUCAGCCUCAUUCUCGUCUCUUAUGGUGCCAUUGUCUGGAUGGUCCUGAAGAUUAACUCCUCAAAGGGGCAGAGGAAAGCUUUUGGGACAUGCUCUUCUCAUCUAAUCGUGGUCACCCUCUUCUACAGCUCAGUCAUUGCAGUGUACCUCCAGCCUAAAAAUCCCUAUGCCCAACAGAGGGGCAAGUUCUUUGGUCUCUUCUAUGCUGUGGGCACUCCUUCUCUUAACCCUCUCAUAUACACCCUGAGGAACCAGGAGGUAAAGAGGGCACUGAGGAGGUUGCUGGGGAGGGACGGGGAGUCCAGACAAAGGUGAGAAGCGGCGGCCUCGUUCACUUUGGGAAGAGAUUCUGUGUUUCCAUCAGGAAGCAUGAGUUCUGCAUCCACCGUGCCUCAGCAAUGGAU